GACGCGAUGCGGACCGAGUAGAGGGAACGGCCGGUGGGAUGGGGCCGGCGGUCUGAUGAGCGGACCCCGCACGGUUGUCGGUCUCUGCUCGGCGGCAUUGCCGGUUGCGCUUUUGGAGGAUGUCAGUAAAAUCCGCGGAUUAAAAUAUCUUCCUGUUACUCAACCAUGGCGAAUGUGAAAGUGGCAGUGAGAGUCCGACCGCUGAGCAAGAGAGAACUUGCAGAAGGCUCAAGUAUAAUUGUGAAGGUGGAUGACAAAGUUGCCAGCAUCAGGAAUGUCAAGCUGGACCAACAGGUUGAAAGCCCUGGUGAUUCAAGGCAACGUCAUAUGGAGUUCACCUUUGAUUACUGUUACUGGUCAGUGGAUUCUGACUCUGCUAAUUUUGCAACUCAGGAACUGGUGUAUCAGGAUCUUGGCACUUCAGUUCUAUCAGGAGCUAUUGAGGGCUACAAUGUCUGUUUGUUUGCUUAUGGACAGACUGGCUCAGGAAAAACGUACACUAUGAUGGGGACACCAGCAUCAAUUGGACUGACACCAAGGAUAUGCAAGGGCCUUUUUUCAAGAAUUGACGACUACCAGGAGAAGCCAGCACCAUGCAGCAUAGAAGUUAGCUUUCUAGAAAUUUAUAAUGAGCGUGUCCGUGAUCUUCUGAAACGCUGUGAAGGAAACAAGCCCUAUACCCUUCGUGUGCGUGAACACCCAGAGAAAGGUCCCUAUGUGCAAGGAUUAUCUCAGCACUUGGUUUCAGACUACAAGCAACUUGUGCAACUUUUGGAGGAAGGGAUUGCGAAUAGAAUCACUGCUGCUACCCAUAUCCAUGAUGCCAGCAGUCGAUCACACGCCAUCUUUACCAUCCACUACACCCAGGCAAUACUGGAGAAUAAUCUCCCAUCAGAGAUAGUAAGCAAAAUCAACCUUGUUGACUUGGCAGGGAGUGAAAGAGCAGAUCCGAAUUACUCCAAGGACAGGAUCACAGAAGGAUCAAACAUUAACAAAUCACUGGUCACUCUGGGAAUUGUCAUCUCCACUUUAGCACAAAAUUCCCAGAUAUCCAGUAGCUUUCAGAGUAUAAAUACUGUAAUGAGUGAAGGAGACAGUGGGAGCCAUUCCAGUGCAUCCUCGGGGAGCAGCAGGCGCCAGUGUUAUGUUCCUUACCGAGAUUCUGUCCUCACCUGGCUUCUCAAGGACAGCCUUGGAGGGAAUUCUAAAACGAUCAUGAUUGCAACAAUCUCACCUGCAAGCACCAGUUACACCGAAACUAUCAGCACUUUACGAUAUGCAGCACAUGCAAAGAAUAUCGUCAACAAGCCACAUGUGAAUGAGGAUGCUAACGUAAAACUGAUUCGUGAACUACGGGAGGAGAUUGAUAGAUUAAAAUCCAUGCUGAUGAGUUUUGGAUUGAGAAACUUGAGUCCCCUAAGUGAUGAAAAUGAUGAGAAAGAUGGAAGCCUCACAGAAAUACUACUUCAAAAUGAACUGAAGGUGGAUCAGCUUACCAAAGACUGGACAGACAGAUGGAAAGACACAAAAGCAAUCAUGGAGGAAUAUUAUGUGGACAUAAACAGAAGGAAAACAGGAGUCAUUGUUGCCUCCCAGUUACCUCAUUUAAUAGCAGUGGAUGAGGAUAUAUUAAGUACAGGUGUUUGUCUUUAUUAUCUCAGGGAAGGAAUAACAAGGAUUGGGAGAAUUGAUGCUGAAGUGGAGCAAGACAUUGUUCUGCAGGGUCCAUGGGUAGAGAAGGAACACUGUAUCAUUCGCAAUGAUAAUGGUGUGGUGAUACUUGAACCAAUUGGAGGAUCACAGUGCAUUGUCAAUGAACUGGAUGUUGUCCACGCAUGUCAUUUGUCACAAGGUGCUAUCAUAGUUUUGGGAAAAGUGCAUAAGUUCAGGUUUAAUCAUCCAACUGAAGCUGCAAAGUUGAGGCAAAGGAGAGCUAGUAGCAGUAUAUCUUUGGCGAGCAGUGGUUCCUGCGAAUGGCUGGAUUCGGAUGGAGAAUUCAACUUUUCCCCUCCUUAUGUUUUAUCUCCACUCAUGCAAGCAAGCUUGGAACAAGAGAAAGAGGAAGGAAUCGAAAUAAAUGAAACCAGGAGGCAGCUGAAAGAGCUGCAGCAGUGCUACCAGAACAAGCAGCAGGAGAACGAGGACUACAAACAGAAGCUGAGGGGAAUGGAAAUGUUCUACCAACAACAAAUACGCCAGCAGCAAAGCUACGUUGAGGAACUGAGGCAACGCAUCCAAGCAACGGACUCACAGGCAGAACAAGAGCUUAAACACGACCAGGAGCAACUCAGGCUGCGGAUUGAGGAAAACGAGCAACAUCUAGCAAAUGAAGAAAAGCGCUUAGUUUGCCUUGAACAGCAGCGACAGGAGCUGGGAAUACAGACCGACUCGGCAUCGUUUACUGAGUGUGGGGUUCAGAUCUCCUCACAAGUGGAAGAGAUUCCUUUUAUUGAGCAGAACAGAAAACGAUUGGUGCAACUGGAACUGCUGCAGAGACACACAUUGAGGAAAGCUGAACAAAAUAUCCACAAGAAGAGAAUCAGGUAUCAGCUGGAAAGCAUUGCUGAGAGGCACAAGCUUUUAGAAGCGAAGGCAAACUUGCAACACCUGGAGACUGCAAGUUUAAUCACCAGGAAGCAAUGCAGGCGACCAAUAGAGGGCACUUUACAAACUGAUGUGAAUCUUAAACUGGCAAGAUGGAACAAAUCAUUCCCUGUAAGCUACUUGCCCUUGAGAAGGCGUUCAUUAUCUGUUCCCUUUCUCACUAGGAGGCAUUCGGACUCGAGUGACCUGGUAUCACACCUGUACCCACAGCACGUACCAGUUUACAGUGAUUUCCUAAAGAGGAAGAACUUGUCUACCUCAGCUCACCGCACAACACAGAAGUCUCUCUCAGUGGGAUCUUUGUCCAAAAUGGCAUUCCCUGUUACAAGAACACAAUCUUUAAGAGGAAGGAGUGAAAAAGUUUCACCUUCUUGGGAUCAAUUACAAAAGAAACAUAAAGGUGUAAAGCACAAGAAUAUCAUAGCUUUAAAGCAAUCAACUGAAAAUAAUGAAAUGCAGCCAAAAAUACUUGAACUAAGCAGUGUACAGCCAGAGGUCCAAACUAGUAACAUCUCUAAGACGAGGGUACAAAAAUCAGGUUUGAUGGCAUGCUCAUUAGAUAACCAAAGUAUCACAGAUAAGCAACUUGAGUUAACAGAUGAGGAUGUGAAGAAGGAUCUAUCAUGGAACUGUACAUUUGUGAGUACCAGCUCCAAUAUCUGUAAAAGGACAUCACCCAAGCAAUUGGUCAGAACUGGAAGUUUUUGUAGAGUGAACCAGAGCGAGCAUCUCAACAAGGAGGCUUCAGUGGUCAACCUAGCUCAUCUUUGGGAAAACGUGCCUUGCACUUACAGGUCAAGGAAGUGGAAUAGUGAUGAAAUACUGAAUGCCAGUAUUACAGCAGUUCCUGAUGACUCGCUAGGGGGCUGGUUGGAAGAGGAGCAAUUGUCAGAUACUGAUAGCUUGUAUUCUGUGGACUCUCUGUCAUCUGCUAUAACAGAACAGUUGCAGAAAGAUGAACCCGAGGGACAGCAGUCUAAACAUGAGAAUUGUAGUGAAAGUGAUGAAAGUGAAAUGUCCCAGGAUUCACUGGCAGAAAAGGAUACUAACUCAGCUGAUAGAUUCCAUGACAUUCACUGUGCCAGGGCUCACUUAUCUCACAAUAAGACAACAAACAGAAGGAAAAGUAUCUCUCUUGAUAACCUAGCUGAUCUGAAUGAAACGAGUGUUCUUUGCAGAAUGGGUUCACCUGGGUUAACAGCUUCUGAUGAAAUGCCAGCAGAAGUGUACUGGAAUCUACCUUGGAGUGAAGUUGAUGGAAAGAAAACCUACCAGAAUUCAAAAGAGCUAAUUGAAGAAAAGGAGUGUGUUGGGGCUCUGACAUUAAAGGAACAGUGUUUUAAUGUGGGUGGUAACACAGAAUUGAAGGAUAUCAACUGUGAAAACAAUAUGCCUUCAAAAAAUUUGAAGACUAAUAAAAAUUACAUGGAUUUCCCAAUUUUUACAGAUGCUCAGUCAUUUUUUGAGUCUAGUUCCAAGAGCAAAAUGGAGAGAGUUUCAUCUGAUAAUGCUUCAGUUGUAGCUAUCUCAUCAGGGGACACUGAUUGUUAUGAAAAUGUAGGGACUGAACUAAUGAAAGCAGCAGAAGCAAGUUGGAUCAGCUCGGUGUUUAAUUUUGAUCAGUUACAGCCUCGUGUAUUGCAUAAUUUUGAUCAGGUAACUGAACAUGCCACUUAUAAAGAGUGUCAUGCGUCACAGAAUGCAAACAAUCAAGGCGUGUUAGAUAGGGAAGAGGAUUCAGCACAAAUACAGGAAAUUUCCCUCAGUCCAUUUGCAACUGGUGGAGUCACUGUGCAAAGUUCACAAUGUACUGAUCAUAACAUGGUUUGUGUUACAGGAGUGCUCUCCACUGCAGAAAUGAAAGUCAAGCAUUCAUUGACAAACAUUUCACCAGUAAUAUCCAAUGUAUUAGACAAUAUAUAUUCUGCACAACAGUCUUGUUCACAAACUGAAUCUGAAGAUCUUAUACUCUCUUCCACAUCCAACACUUUGAAGCUUGAAACUUUUAGUACAGAUGCUGCUAUUGACAUGAAUGAUGCUGAUUUAGAAAUAGAGGUAUCAGAGCAUCAAUGUAAGGAUACAGAAUCAGCAAAAAACUGUAGCCAAUCCCAACACAAUCAGCUGAGUAACAGUGAUUAUCACAGAAAUGAUGGUGUGCAUGUCAGUGUCUCAGAAGAGAAUGCAGCCAAGCUCAAUUUCUCAUCUACCUUUGAGAACACUACCACUUCUGGCAGAGAACAAUUUAUUUCACUAAGAGAAUUGUCAUCUUGUUAUAGGCAAUCUCACAAUAUGGUUGAAUCCCAAAUCUUUCCUAAUUCUUCAUGUUGUACCCCUGUUAGUAAUUCCAGUAGCCUAACUAUAUUAGUUGCAAAACCAUUGUCACAGCUGUUGGAACCCAAGGUAUUGGAAAUAUCUACUGAAAAUGCAGAAAAAGACCCAGGCACCCAGAUAAUAUCUUUUAAUGACAGAUUGCUGUCUUUUACUGAAGAAAAUAAUGAUUUAGACAGUAAUGUAUAUGCAGAGAACAUGAUUCUGGCACCUUUAGUACAAAAUAAGACCAAAUCUGACUUGGAGAGUGCAUUGCAAGACACAGAUUGUGAUGCUGCCCAGCCAACAUCAAUGAAGAAUGGAAUUAGUCAAACAGAAAAAUCCUCUUUAGUGCAUGAAGGAAGCAGAGAAUCUCCAAAACAUUUUGUAAUGUGGCAGCAUUCAGUUACAAGUUGUGCUGAAAGUGAAGACAGAAAUGAUGAUCGAUUUACCAGUUUCAUAAAGAAGCAACAGUCUGCUCAGACGAACCUGUCAAGGAAUGAAAAUAAAUAUACUUUGAAAGAAACUCCCAUCAACAGUCAAGUGGAUUUUGAAACCAAGAUCAAUGAUCCCUUCAUCCUCGAUGGGUGUUUAUGCAUGAAGGAUAAUGUUGGUUUUUCUGAAGGCAUCCAGUUGAGAACCAGUGAUUCACAGGUUCAAAGUAUAGUGUCUGGUACUUUAUCAUAUGAAAGGGGAGAAUUACUAUUGAAAGACAAAAGUCUUGAAAAACUAAGUGCUAGUGCAAACAAUUCCAAUCGUGAAGACAAUUUGAACUAUGAAAACACUCUAUUUUUAAGUGGCACACAGGACCAGAAAUGCAGCAUACUUGCAGAGGAAACCAGCAUAUUAAGCUUGCCUGUUACUGGACAAAAUAUUCCCAGUUCUAUUAGUGAGCAACCUACAGGAAGUACAGCUGGAAUUUGGAAUACAUUUAAUCAGGAUUCCAAUAUUGUAGUAAAUUCAGACAAACUUCCGAACAAUGUAAACUUUUCUGCUGCAUCUGUUUCUAGGCAUCACCUUUCGCAAUGUCUUACCAAAAUGACGGAACAGAUUAACAAGCAGGCUGUUAGUGGCUCAGAAAUAUUGCUGGGUUCCAACACACAUAGAAGUGCUGUGACAGAGUGUGGGGUGCACCGACUGGAAAUAAGCAUUCCACAGGACACCAAACUUGGGUUCAGAACUGAAACUGACAGACGUACGCUUGAUAAGGAAGGAGGUGUUAUCCAAAAUAAUAUUGGCACUGAGUUAAGAGUCGAAGUUAUUGAAGGUAGCAAUACAAGGGCAGUAGAGUUCACAGGUGAUAAUAUAUCUACUCUUGCUUCUACAUGUGGUUUUGAAGACUGUCCCACAGUUUCUGUUAGUAAGGGUUAUGAUAGUCAAUCAAAAUUUAAAAAUAACAUGAUAAUUAAUGCAUUUAAAGGAGACUUACCUAAAACUGAUUCUAGUCUUCCUGUAGAUUUGACAGAAAGAUCAGUAACAAUGGGGAAUGCUGGAUUUUAUAAGGGAUCCAAAGAAUGUGAUGUGGGCAUUGAAGAGCAAAUGGAUGAUAAAGGAACAUCUCAAGAUGUUCCUUUGAGAUCUGCUCAUGGAACAGGAGCAACACUUUCAGAUGUUGAAUGUGAUCAGAAGGAAAACACUUGUGUGGAAUUAACUCAAAGGGACAACAUAGCGGGUGACGGUCCAGAACAGUACAAAUCUAAUGUGAAUAGUAGAGUUGUACAGGUUUUCAACAGCUCUGGGGCAACUCAUUUUCAAAGGACGUCUGUGCAGAAUGGAAGAUUCAGUGUAACACAAACAGAUGCACCUGCUGGAACAAGCAGCACUGAUUUAGCAGACAGCUCAGAAACGUGUGCCCUUUCUGAUGCACAGGAAAUCAGAACCAUGUGUGGCACCAAAAUUGGAAAUGAACAGAAUGAAAUAAAUACCACCCAACAUGUGAUUGUUGAGAAGUUGAGCAAUAAUGAAACAGAAGCAUUUGAAAAGGGUACAGAAAUAGAAAGCCAAGGAGUAUCUGAGAACUUCAACUCGUCCAAGUAUUGUGCAGAGCAAACCUGUACCAAAAGUUUUAUUAUAGAAAAUGAUUGCAUAUUUAGCAGAGCAUUUAGAGAGAAAUAUCUGUCGUCCAUUUGUACAUGUACUGAGACUAGUGGUGGAGCAGGUGCAUCAAGGGUACCUUUACAGGAUGAAAUAAUUGGUACAGAUCAUGAGGCAGGAGAAACCAAGCAAGAAAAUCCAGCAGUAGCUCAGAAUUUCCUAAUAGAAAUUCCUAACUCAGCUAAAUCAGUAGACUGUGAAAAUAUCUCUAACAAUGAAGAACAGAAGGUAUCCCUAGAGGAAUUACAGUUGAUAAAGAAAUCAAACCCUGCGGCAUUUCAAGAAAUGGAAAUAUUUGAAUCAGUUCUGUGUCAGGAGAGCACAGAUCAGUGUGAAGCCAGUCUGACCACAGCACGGUGCGAUGUUGCUCUACACUCAUUAAGAGGUCACAAACAUUCACAAGUGGGAAGACUAGAGAACUCUGGAAUCAUGGAUUCAAGAGCAAACCCAGGUUCUCCAAGUAAUGGCAUAACAGCUGCUUCUACCGAAUACGAUGUAAGCAAUACAACCUCCAUUCAUUGUCUUGUUCCAGUUGAAUAUUCUCCUUUGAGAGAGAAACAGAACCAUAGAUUGGCAACAGAAAGUCUUUAUCCAGAGUUGGCUGAAAGCAGAGCUAUAACUGAUGGUUAUAUGUGUUCCAAGGUUAUUGCUUUACUGCAACACAGUGACCAAAGUCCAUCACUGCCAGCAGGAAGUCCCCAUGAUACUGCCCCCUUGGAGCCAAAUAAAGAUACAGUUGAAAGAGAGGGCGCAAUUAUUGGUGUAGAACCCCCUGCGUCUUGUUUUGUCCUUAAAGCCGGUCCAGAGGCAAAUGGAGGAGAUGGCGGAAUUAAUCAAUCCAUCAGCAGCAUGGAAGAGUAUUCUACACACCCGGGUUCUGACAGUGCACUUCCAAAUCAGGAUAUAGUAUUAAAAGAGGUUAUAGGUAGACAUGUAAUUUGGUGCCACCCUGAUGGAACAGCUGUGUUCGAAGAAUGUGAAUUUCAGGAUGAUCGACAAAUGGUUGACUUACAUCUGGGCAUGCUUGGUCCCCAAUAUUUGAAGACUGGAAUUGAGACAAUUGUUAAUGUAAAGCAGAAGUACCCAACAAGUAAAACAGUUUCUUCAGGUGAAAAUAUUGCAAAUAUGGAUAUUGCAGAUGCCACAGUAUCUCUCAAUAUUUGCAAAGAACCAACAUGUUUACAGUAUCAGAACACAGGUAUUUUAGCCACUGGCUUAAAUAUUGAUCCUUCUUCACAGACUUUCCAAGAUGCUGUGAAAACUGAUGACACUGUUGUCUGCAGUAACAUACCAACCACAAGCACCUUACCACCCCAGAGUAAAGUGUUUCAAAAUCAAAUUGUAUUUCAAGGAAGCUCUGUACAAGAUGUGAGUGGAAGUCACCUGUCUGGAACACCUCAAACAGUUCCAGAUUCAUUUGCUGAUCAGCCUGAUGCACUGGAUGUGAGCAGUUGUAUAUCAUCCGGAACAGUCUUACUGAAACAAGAAGGAAAACAGAGCCAAAUUGCAAUUGUUCAUGCAGCAACAAUUCAAACUGCCUUGGUAGAAGAUGACACUAAAACCACCAUCGUACCUGGAUCGGCUGGAUUAAGCUCCUUGGAAAGUAAGUUGUGUGCUGAGGGGUUAAAGAUUACCCCAGUAACAAAGAACCAAGUGCCCAUUCAGCAGGGGCUUGAGCAAGUUGUCCACAUGCUAAGAAAUGGAUCCCCAGCAUCUAAUCUGAAAAAGACAGAAGCUAAAUGCCAUGAUGUUCAAUUUUCAAACAGUGACUCAGUAAAUACAUUCAUUCCACAGAGCUUUAUUAAAUCAUCUGGUCAUCAUAAACAGGCAGGGUUACAUAGCAGGAGGGAAGAAGAUUACUCCAUCUGUUUUAAUGAUAGAGAUCCUGGUGGGUUAGAACUGACUGGGAAUUCUUCAAGCUUGUUUGUCACUCCAGAACAACAAACUGCUGUCCACUUAGUUAAUUAUGGAGAAGAGUUUGUGACAUUUGAAUUCAUGGCUCUUCCUAAAGCUGUCAAGUGCGAUAUGAACUACAAUGAAAACGACAUUUUUGACUCAACAGAAGAUUUAAUCAGGAAGGAAGAAAGUGGCAUUGAAGAUUGUGAAGAAGCACAAGCACUGUUGAAGGGAGACCUGACUGAUUUUAAGGAGAUGUCUUCUGAUGUGGAUUGCCAUAAUAACAAUCAAAGAAUCUUAAUUGACAUAAAGAAGGAAGGUAGGUCACAGUUCCCCCCCAAGAUACAAAAGAACAGAUGUAUAGGGUUGUCACCUUCAGCUCGGGAGAUCCUUGAGCAAGAAAAACCUAGACUGUUACAACAGACGCAGAAUCACAUAAUCCCACAAUGUGAAUUUAGAAAUGAAUCCAGAUUGCUGCGAAAGGAUUGGAACAAUACCAGAAUUACCCAUGAAGCCACUGAAACAUGCAAACAGAUGUCUUCUCAUAUUAGUGAUCUGCAAGUCACCCAGACAGAUUACUGUCAGCGGAACAUUGAUGUAGAUGAACCAAAUACACAUUCGCUCCUAGAGUGCAAACAGGUUAGGGAGUUAGGUUCUCCAUUUUGUGAGAGCAAUAACUGUGCAGAAAUGGAUGGAACUUGCUAUCUCUCAAAUUCCUAUCUGUUUUCAGGUUCUUGUCACAGUGAUUGGCCUUCAGUAAAUCAAGUUAACGAGCCAAAUAUUGAAGGAAUUGAGUCUUCUGGUUCGGAGUCUUUAGAUGGAUCAGAUGACAGAUGUGCCCCAAAAAUGAUGAAUGGGCCAAAGAAGAAAUCACAAAGAAGACUUAAAAGAAUAAAACCAAAUACAGAUGAAAUUAAGGUUUCAUCAAGUUCAAGUGAGGAAAUUGACAUUGAAUUCCUUUCCCUUAACAAGCUUAGAAGCAGACAGUGCAGAAGAGGUAUCAACAGAUCAGACUUGAAUGUUUGCAAAUGCAAAGAUAUGGUGAGCACUAAUAUUAAUUUUGAAAGUUGUGCAUUAAACUUCGAAAUGGAGAGCAAGGCAUCACCACUGAGGUUAUUACCAUCAGUUCUUCAAGAGGCUUCACCGAGUGUUAAUCACAUGAUGGAAGGCUCUAGUGGGCACUGCCUUGAUCCAUUACUGAUUGAUAAACCUUCAGAAGGAUUAACUCCAUUUGUAGAAGGAAUUGUGUAUCAAAUGAGGCAUGAAACAGAGGAUGUGGAGAGAAAACAUCAAUCCGAACAAUGUUUUCGGCAUAACAUUGUUAAAGAGAGUGUUUCAGAAUGUGCAGAUUUGCAUGUGGCUACUUGCGCUCAAACUGUCCAUUCCCCAAUCACAUUAUCUAGUAAUCAAGGCCAAAGAAAUCAGUCAGACAAACAACUAAGUGAAGACGGCACCUCACUGACAAUCAAUAACAAUCUGAGCAACUCUGCUGAGGCAAAACUAAAAGCCCAGGAAUUUUCAGUAGAACUGACCCUCAGUGAAGAGAAAGAUCCAGUGCACUUUGCUUGCAGUGAUGUUGAUCCAUACAUCCAUGAACAAUGCAAAGCCAAGUGGAAGCAGUGUAGACUGGGAAAUAUGGGUACUGUGCAUGAGGUUCGGACAGCAGUAAGCAGUCUCAGCAACGUAAUGAAAUGUUUCAGUGACAGCAAUGGAUCAAAUGAUCACAAUCACAGCAAUUCACAUCCUUAUGCCAAUGUAAGAACUAUAUCUAACACAUUACUUCCAAAUGAUUCCCAAGAGGCUAGCUUGGCAGCCAUGUACCCUGGAAAUGAUAACCUUGAUGGAGAUUCCUGUGUAAUGUCAUAUGAUCAAACAAUGGCAGCUUCAUUCACCCAACCAUCUCCGUUCCCAACUUCUACUUCUGAGUCGGAAAAUGUGAACUAUCAAGUUGAUGAGAUCAUGCUCCUUUACCCAAGGGAUUUGGGAUCUUCUGUAGAGAUGAUGUCUGAUGAGUCUGUAAAAUUCUCCUGCAACAAAGAAACACAGACAUCAGGUGGAAUGAGACAUCAGGAACAGCCGACACCCCAGAGGAGCUGCAUCCAAACUCCAGCACAGAUAACUGCAGGUCAGAGCUUCCAACCGGACAUGAUCAAGCUUCUCCAUAGCAGCACACAGCUGCUGGGAAGUAUCAGAAACAAUGAGGACUAUUCAGAUCCACCUACCAACCAGAGUGCUGGCAAAAUGAGGGCAGUUGGAAAGGUGGAUGGUCAUAUGCAGUCAGCAGCUGAUGUGGCCACUCAGACAGAUGCAAUACCUCAAGCUAUAGAGAAAUACAGUCAGGAAAUUCAAAAUAAGGAAGUGCAAAGGCCCCAAGAAGUGAAUGUCAUUGUAAAAAUAAUUGGUUCAGAAGUCAAUGUAAACCAAGACCACAACAAUAUUAUGUUAACAUUACAGGAACCAAAGCAGAACCACAGAGUGUCAGAUCUUAAUGUUCACAGAGCAGCUUUGAGCCAUUCAGUUUGUUCUUUCCCCUCUGAUAAUGUAAAUUCAUCUUUCAGGACUUCUGUCUUGCUACCUGCUCAGAAACUAAUAACAAGCUCUUCACAAACUUCUUCAUCCAGUCCAAGUUUGACACCGAUUACAGUACCUUCACAGAUAUCAAUGAACAGUGACCAAACACAGAGCACAAGCUUUGGAACUUUGGAAAGCACAUCAGAGUUUUCAAAAGUGGAAACAAAUGAUCCCAAACUCUCUGUGGACAGAGAAGUAAAACAGUUUGCCCAAGGUCUUGAAGCUACAGUUUCUACUAAUAAAAAUCCAGCUGUUCUCGUGGACCGAGCAUCAUCUCCUAUUAAAACACUGGAAGUUGGGCAGGGGGACCACCGAUCCCACUGCAAGUCCUUUCUCUGUCUUCAGGGUGAGGAAAUUUGUGCACUGCAACAAACUGACUGUUGGCAGAGAAAGGCACAACUAGCUUCUUGGUAUGGUUCUGAUGAAAAUGGGCAAAGUAAAAUUUAUUUCACACAUGUCAAACCUAAAGCUGAACAGAUAUUGGAAACAAAUGGUGAAGGACUUUUGGUUCAUUUAAAUGAGCAGAGUAAAGUUACAUCACAAGGUUUGCCAAUGUCAGUUAAACUGGAGUGUAAAACAGAUCUUCAGAGAGAUGUUCAUACUGAAGGGUCUUCUGUGAGCUCAGGAACUGCAGAAUCUUGCAAAGACCAUCAUGUGAAGGUAUCAACUGUGAACAAGUCCAGUUGGCAGUGUGGAAAAGCACAGACAGGCCAUAUUGUUAAAGAGUCAUUACCUUGUAGCAAGGGAAUUGAACCAUACUUGACAUUUCAGAAGGUGCAGAGGCUCUGUACUUCAAACCCAGAUCAAAGAAAGCAGAUGAACGCUUUCAGUUUUCAGCCAUCUUGCUGGAAAAACCCACUGGUUUCCUUUUCUCUUGCUCAGAUAAAUGAUACAGAGUGGCCAUCUAGAAAGGAAUUUCCCGUAUCUUGCAGUGCAUCUUCCUUUCAGCACAAUCCUUUUUCCAAAGAUGGGGUAGACUUAAAGACAGAAAAGGUCAGCGCGUUACACAAUCAAGCAAUACACCGCAGUGACUCGAUGAAUCAAUGCAGUUCUGAGGCUGGGACAUACAUAAUGAGUGAAAUGACAAACAACUGUGUUGCUGAAGAUACCCAGUCCUCUGUUUCAAGUGAAUGCAAUACAGAUUUGCUGCUGAAUGAGUAUUCCUCCAUAACUGGUUGCAACAGUUCACAAACAUCAUGUUCUAGAGUACAGGGGGCAAGCUGUAGUGGUCCAGAGGACUUGCCAUUGCACAACAAAUUCUACAACUGGUCCGGAGUCAAUUACAGACCUCCCUCAACAGGAAGUGUAAUGAGCACAGCCACUAGUUCAGACAGACAGUCAGAGCAAAAGCAAGCUAAUAUUGGCAUUGCAGAAACAAUGGGCCUCACACCAGAAGACUGCAAGGAAAGAUGGAAGGAAAUUAAAAGCUUGCGCCAAGAACGCACUCGAAUCCUGUCAGGAUUAAACCUGGAUUUAAACCAGCACCAGCUGACGGUGGAGCUUGCUGAAGCAAAGCUGAACUAUGGCCUUGGGGAGACAGAUGCUUUGUUACGAAUACUCCAUAGUGGAGCAGCGGAUGACCAGAAUGUUUGCAUAAGGCAGCAACUUUAUGAGAGACACAUGAAAACCAUUGAAAUCUUGAGGAAGAAAAGAGAUGAGAAAACACUGAAGUUCAGAAGAACACGUAGCCUGAGCCCACAGAAACAUCUGGCUGUGCAUCACCAAAAGCAUCCAACUGCGUUGCAUCAUAAGCAAGAUAUGCCAAGUAAACGCAGGACGUAUCUCCAGCGAUUACGCCAGGACAUUGUGGAAAACACACGGACUGGUGGGGUUGUGAACGCUCCACAGGAAGCCCCCUCUGAGAUAGAGACUCUGCUUCGAGAUUAUCAGAAGGCCCGUGAGGAAACAAAAGCAGAAAUUGCAAAGGCUCGAGAUAAGUUACGUGCAAGAGCAGAAAAGGAGAAAUGCCGCUUACAGCAAGAAAUGAUUUUGCAGUUAUUGAAGGAGGAAGAGAGAUUGAGAAAGGUGGCAAGUAGGAGCAGUUUGCACACUGGCUCAAAUCUGAGCCUGUCAUCCAAUCCCACAUCAGGCUACAGCAGCAGCAAUACAGCUUCCCCUGACAUCAACUCUCAAACCAAGAGUAAGAGCAGCACUGAUCCUGUAAUGAGCAGCAGAGGACAAACAUCUUGUUGCAAUUCACAGUAUAAAAUCACUGAAGUCAGUCAAGAUUUUGAUGCAGCUUUUUGUCCACUUGCACACUCGAUUUCAGGGAGAAUAAUGAAAGGCAGCUGUCAUUCAAGUUCCACCUGUCUAAAACAGUUCCAAGAUUUGGCAACUCUCACUGUUGCUUCUGUUACAGCAGAGAUCAUGGUGGCAUCUGUUAACCGUCCUGGAAGCCUCCUUACUGGUAAAGCAGCAGCUGGUUGGAGGUACCACAGCACAGAAAAAGGGGUCCUGAUGUUCUAUAAGCCAUAUGUGUCCUCCACAAAGCAUGGCUUUAUGGGAAUUGGUGUGAUUGACAAGCCACUGCACAGUGUGUGGUGUGUAGUGAAAGAUAACAGCAAGAGACAGCUCUAUGACAAGACUUUAAAAACUGUGAAAAUACACCAGCAGCUGGGCCAUGGCAUUGAGCUUGUUUACCUUGUGAUGGAUACCGCUGGUCUCAAUCAACCCAGGGAUUUCUGCUGCAUCAGUGUGGAGGGUGAAAGGAACCAGCAAUAUGUUCUGGCACUGAACUCCAUCUACGAGGAAUCGAUGCCUCGACCGGUGAAGGAUAUGGUUAGAGGUGAAAUGCUGCCUAGUGGUUGGAUCUUGCAGCCUGACAACUACAAUGGGAAAGAGAUUACAAGACUUAUUUACUUGGCUCAGGUUGAUUUCGGUGCUCCUGCUCUUCACCCCAGACUAUUGGGGUCACUAGCCAGGCAACAGCCUCUGUGUGUUGCCAACUUAGUCAGCUUGCUAUCCUGAUGACUUGGUUCUGAAGAUCAGAGAAAGUUGGAGGGGAG